AUGAUUGCGCAUGGCAAAGUGAGUUUAGCUAUUGCGGGCUUGCUAGCGACCCUCCCGUGUACCGUCGGCCUGCAAGUAGAGGUGGCAAAGUUUCGUGCAGCGCCUUUGAAGUUUCACCAACGACCUCGAUGCCCUGGCGUUACGAGCCUGCGACUUCGAGGAGGGGAGGAAGAGGUAGAGAAGGACACGUUGAUCACACGUCUCAAGAACAACCGAUCCCUCAACCCGUCGGAUCAUGCAAAUCAACUCGAAUGGUUUCUAGCCCUGGUCCUUGCGGCGUACGUUGCCAUCGGCGCUCCUUUCUCCGAGUACGUCCCACUCUUGCAGGACUUGGUCAAGGCGGCGGAGAAGGAGCGGAUGGAAUGGAACCGCAUACGGCAGGAGCAGGAGGAGGAGUUCCAGAAGUCCCUCAUGGAGGACUCGAUGAAGCAGAAUGAGCAGAAGAAGAGGAAGGAGGAAGCAGAAGCAGCAGAGAGGGCGGCUAGGAAAGCGUUUGAGGAGAAAGUGUCGCGCCUCCCAACAGAGCCCGAGCAGGGAGCUGGUGUCGUGCAGCUUCGCUUCAGCUCACAAGAAGGUUUUCACUGGAAGAUCAAGUCGGGUGGGGUGAUGUUCGACUACGUGGAUGUCGAGCGGUACAAGAAGGCAGAGCAGGCUGACAACGCAGAGGAGCAGCUGAAGGAGCUUGCGGACUUGGAUUAUGUCCUCGUCUCGACUAUCCCCAAGCUUCUGCUCUCGGAAAGAGAAAAGACGCUCAAGGAGAGCGGAAUAAGUUCAAGCUGCGCCCUCAUGAUCAAGCCGGUGGUUGCCGAUACGUGA